GGCGCCCGUCUCACUGGCCCGCUCGAUCCUAGGAGCAGAUCCGGGGCAGAGGGAAGAGAGCGCAGGGUCAGGGGCCGAAGCUCCUGCUCCGCGGAGUCCGCCAGCCAGCCCGCCCGCUCUCGCGGGCCCCGCCUGUCAGGAUCAGAUCAACCAUUGGCUUGCCCUCUGUCAUAGUCAGCUGAAGGUGCCUUCCGAAGCUUCUUCAGGAUGCCUGCAGCACUUGUGGAGAAUAGCCAGGUUAUCUGUGAAGUCUGGGCCAGCAACCUAGAAGAGGAGAUGAGGAAGAUCCGAGAGAUUGUGCUCAGUUACAGUUAUAUUGCGAUGGACACAGAAUUUCCAGGUGUUGUGGUACGACCAAUUGGUGAAUUUCGUAGUUCCAUAGAUUACCAGUAUCAGCUUUUACGGUGCAAUGUUGACCUUUUAAAAAUUAUCCAGCUGGGCCUUACAUUCACAAAUGAGAAGGGAGAAUAUCCUUCUGGAAUCAACACUUGGCAGUUCAACUUCAAAUUCAACCUUACGGAGGACAUGUACUCCCAGGAUUCCAUCGAUCUCCUUGCUAACUCAGGACUGCAGUUCCAGAAGCACGAAGAGGAAGGGAUUGACACGUUGCACUUUGCAGAGCUGCUUAUGACAUCAGGGGUGGUUCUCUGUGACAACGUCAAAUGGCUUUCAUUUCACAGUGGCUAUGAUUUCGGCUACAUGGUAAAGUUACUUACAGAUUCUCGCUUGCCAGAAGAGGAACAUGAAUUUUUUCAUAUUCUGAACCUUUUCUUCCCAUCUAUUUAUGAUGUGAAAUACCUGAUGAAGAGUUGCAAAAAUCUUAAGGGAGGUCUUCAGGAAGUUGCUGAUCAGCUGGAUUUGCAGAGAAUCGGAAGGCAGCAUCAGGCAGGAUCAGACUCACUGCUGACGGGAAUGGCGUUCUUCAGAAUGAAGGAGUUGUUUUUUGAGGACAGUAUUGAUGAUGCCAAGUACUGUGGGCGGCUCUAUGGCCUGGGCACGGGAGUGGCCCAGAAGCAGAGUGAGGAUGUGGACUCUGCCCAGGAGAAGAUGAGCAUUCUGGCGAUCAUCAACAACAUGCAGCAGUGAUGGCCCGAGGCCCUGCGGCGUGGGCCCGACCCCAGAGUGGUGCUUACUGAGUACUUACCUCCCUCCCCGAGAGAAACGCUUCUUUUGAGCAAACUGCCAUCUGCAUUGAGCAGAAAGACAAUUUUGUUUUACCGAAGACAGAAGAGGUCUUUUAGAUCCAGAAGAGGGGAGUUUGCUCUGCACUUGUAAACAGGUCUGACUUACUCCUCAUCCCCAGGCCUCUUCUCCAGGUGCCUCCUGCCACCAGCAUCCAUGGCUCAUGUGACACCUUUUAAAAUAUCCAGGAUAAGUGAGAACCAAACUAGUAAAAUGUAUAUAACUCUAACCUGUUGUCAUUCUUUUUCUUUUAAAUUUGUUGCUAAUCUCUGAGGAUAAAGACUUCUUGCUGUGAUUCUCAGCUGAGCUGAGGGUUUCCAGGAAAAGUGGAACAAAAUGGUAUUCUUGCUAAGUGUGGGUGAUAGGUAUUGUCUUUUUUUUUCCUGAGACUUCUUGAGGACACUUGCUUUCCUCAUACUGUUAGUCUUUUUUUUUUUUUUUUACAUACUAUUAUAUGGAAAUAAAUUACACACUCAGUGCUGAAAUUUGAAGACUAGAUAAUGAAAACUUUCCUUAAAAUUCUACUGAAUCUGUCUACUCUUUAUUCACGAGAGUGGGUAUUAAAUUAACCACUUAAGUGUCUGUGUGCUGUUGUGCCACUGAGAUUUGCUGUCACAUGUGCAUCACUUGAAAUCAUUUUAUGUUUUCAUAUAAUAAAAUCAUGGGUUUGAUCCUGAAGGAAAUCAGUUAAGAUCCGAUUUUUGGAUUAUCAAUCUGUUGUGAUUUCAGACGGCUGUUUGUAUUCCCCCACCUCUCCUCUCUGUUUUCCCUGCUUUUCCUGCCAGCAAACCUGAUGAGACGCUAGGGAGAUGGACUAAUGUGGGUUCCAGGGACCGGAGUCUUUACAAAGUUUUAGUGGUUCAUAUAAACAGGGCAGUAAGGAAUUUGGGUUAUAGAGUUCUCUUGGAGUAAUAUCACACAACUGGGGUAGAAAGCUCAGGACUGUAAUUUUUCCGGCCUAGUCAUUUAAAAAGUACACUGUUUUCUUUUGAAUGACUACAGUAUGGACAAUUUCGAAAAACCAAAAAAAAAAACCCAUUUGCAAUGGUGAUGGAAAUGAAAACUGGUAACUCAUUGAAGUGGAUGUCUUGCAUUUUAAAAGCUUAUAGAAAACUCAAUUUGAAAUGAUUCAAAAAUGUCAAGUAUUAUAAGCUGAUAUUUAAGAUGCUUGUAAAUAUAUUUAUGUUUUUAAUUUUGUAUAAUAAAGAUUUCUUUUUAACCAUUGG